UAUUUGCAUGGAUGUGUAUACGUAUGUGUGUAACGCGCCUUUUCCAAUUUGGGUGGGCGUUCCUUUUGAGGGGGGCCGGGUUAUGCCCCCCUCACACAUGACUUGGUACGUCCCAGGAACGCUCUUCCUCCUCUUCAUCUUCCUCCUCCAGUGAUCAACACACGCGCGCGCACGGACACGAUGGACCCAAGUCGCCUCGUCCUCCUUUUUGUCAUCUUCAUCUCCCGCUCUGAGGGCUUUAUCGGUUAUCAGCUAUUUUGAAUCAUUGUGCGGCUCGCUUGGAGAUGGUGUACUCGUGGGCUAACACGGAGGCCAUGGAGCACUCGCUGUUUGCGCCGGCCUUCUCGUACCCGGCGGCGUCCUUCAACUACUCUGAGAUGGAGAACGGCACGGCGGCGGCACCCGUGCCCUCCGGCAUCCCGGCGAGCUCCCCCCGCGCCCGGGCGGCCGAGGACGGGCUGACGUCGGGCGAGGUGGCGGCACUGGCACUGGUGUUGGGCGCGCUGUGGCUGCUGUCUGUCUUGGGCAACGCGCUGGUGUGCCUGGUAAUCCGCCGCAGCCGGCGAGCGCAGUCCACCACCAACUACUUUGUGGUGGCCAUCGCCUGCGCCGACCUGCUGCUGAGCGUGGGCGGCGCCCCCCUGGUUCUGGUGCAGGUGGCGUGGGGGCGCUGGCCCUUGAGCGCGGCGGCGUGCGCGGCCACCCGCUACGUGCAGCACCUGUGCCCCGGCGUGCAGGUUUACGUCUUGCUGUCCAUCUCGGUGGACCGCUUCUACACCAUUGUGUACCCGCUCAGCUUCAAGGUGUCCCGCGAGAAGGCCAAGAAGAUGAUCCUGGCGUCGGCUUUGCUGGCCGCCGCCCUAGCGGCGCCGUGCAUCUUCUUCUACGGCGCCGCCGCGCCGCCGGCCGACAGUCACCACUGCCUCUUCUUUCUGCCCGACAGCCGGGGUGGCGUGUGGUACGCCGCUGCCCACUUCCUGCUGGGCUUGGCUCUCCCGGCGGCGCUCAUCGCUUCCUUCUACCGGCGGGUGGUCGGCCACAUCUGGAGGUUCGGGGCCGACGGCCACGCGGUGCGGCGCAGCAUGAACACGGUCCCUCGCACCAAGGUGAAGACCAUCAAGAUGUUCCUGGUGCUCAACUGGCUCUUCUUUGCGACGUGGACGCCUUUCUACCUGGCGCAGCUGUGGCACCCGCAAGAGGAGGCCGGGCGGCGCCGGGGGCUGCUCUUCUUCGCCGCCGUGGCCUGGAUCUCCUUUGGCUCGGCCGCCUCCAAGCCCACCUUGUACUCGGUCUACAACGCCAAUUUCCGACGUGGCAUGCGGGAAACCUUCUGCAUGUCUUCGGUCAAGUGUUACCGCGGCGACGCCUACACCAUCACCGCCAGCUCGCACUUGGCCAAGAAGAACUACGUGGGGGUGGUCAACACGCCCGUCAACGCCAAGGACGCCGGCGCCACCUUUGCAAGCUUCCGGCGCGUCGCCAAAGACCAGAAGAAACUGGCCUGGGCCACCCACAAUACUUUUGUGUAACGCGCUCAGCCGAGGCAGCGGGGCUGGCAAAACCCAGGGCGUUAACGUGGGGCUUGACGGCGCUUUUGGGGCGGGCCUCGACGGUAUGCCCAACAAAGAGUCGGCCUCUCGGAAGGCCCCCGAUGGACUAAGCUUUCCAAAGGGCCAGCUCGUGCGCAUAUUGCUUUAUGGGUAAACGUAGACGGAAAAUCCAUUGACAGUGACUUUUUGUAUUGCUGGCGGUAACUCAUUGUUUUCAAGGAGAAGCAAAUGUGUUGUCUGUCAGGGGUGUUUUUGUUUUUUCGGUCACGUUUCGACUGCCUUUUCUCAAGAUCCAAAUUCCAUGUUCAUGUGGCUUCUCCGUGAAAACAAACCCAAAUGCAUCUUGGGGUGGGGUGGGGUGGGGGGCCUUGGCUUCUUCUUUUCACGCUUCACGUUCCACUUAUCUUGUCGCUCGGGCGGGCGCCACAGUCAAGGGAGCUGAGAUUUUGCAUUUCCAUGACUGUGUGUAGAACGUUUCGAUUUUGUCGUCAUCUUUCACAAGAAAAGCCCACAUUUCGUUUCAA